AUGCCACCCAUGGAUCCAAUUUCUCGACCAUCUUCGACCUCGACAGUGAACUCCUCUCUACACCAUAGCGCAUCACUGCCGCAACUACCUGGGCUAUCAGCACUGGCUUCAUUAGCUUCGGGUACAAGUUCACCACAAUUGAGAGCAUUCAAUGUUGGACAAAAUGUAAAUAUGGGGUAUGCGACAUCAUCACCAUCUGCUACAUCCGGAGGAGGGCAAAACAAUUCACCACCUACCUGUCAGAAUUGUCAGACUUCCACGACUCCUUUAUGGCGAAGAGAUGAAAUAGGUUCGGUAUUAUGCAAUGCUUGUGGUCUCUUCCUGAAAUUGCACGGGCGACCUCGGCCGAUAAGCCUCAAGACAGAUGUUAUCAAGAGUCGAAAUCGCGUUAAGAGUUCAGGCACUGCUCAAGGUGCAAAGAAAAAGACUCUAUACGAAGCUAAUGGUCUUGACCAAGCGCGAUCGCAAGCUGGCACACCACCGCCAGGUUCACUUGGACAUAGAAGAGCAUCAGGAAAGUCUGCCAAUGGUCAUUCAGAUGGAUCGAACUCUCCUAUCUCUAGAACUGCGACUCCUUCGAUGUAUGGUAAUCAUUUACCACCAUUCAACGGAAAUGGCUUGGAAGAACAUCAUUACAAUCAUUCCCCGUCUCUUCCGCCUAUGCACAUCCGACAACCUUCUCCCGGCGAUAUACGGUCCACGUCCCCUUCUAUGAAUGGUCCGCAUGGUCUUGAAGUGCCUCAGACAUACGAACAGCUUAUCGCCCAGAAUUCUUCUUUGAAAACCCGCGUCAACGAGCUGGAGGUUAUAAACGAACUCUUUCGUGGUCGAGUUACCCAACUUGAACAGGAUGAAGCCAAUGCGAAUCAAGGAGUGGCGAUGCUUAGAGAAUCAGAGCAUAAUUUAAUGAAUCGACUCGAGGAAUCUCAACGUCGAGAAAAUCAAUUGAAGCGUCGCCUGGAUGAUGUUGAACGUGAACUCAACGAAUUGCGUGACGGGGCACCUCGCGCUAAGAAAAUGCGCGUUGCAGAUAUGGUUGGGGACAGUGAGUCGUCAACUCCACAAUCAGUCACUUCAUAG